UUUUCAAUAUAUUUUUUAGAUGGAAUUAGGUUUUAAAGUUUCGCGUUCAAUUUAGCAGUUCAUCUUUCGUUGGAUCGUCCAAGUGGUAUUUUUUGGAAGAAAAUGAAGGAUCUUUUGGGGUAAAUUAUUUUUUGUAGUUAUUAUAAGCUCAUGUUUUGUUGUUUUUCUUGUUUGUUUAAAUAACGACGGUGCCUGGACGGGCCAACUUGCAAGCACCUCCACUAUUUCAUCAAAGUUUAACAGAUGGGGAGAAAUCACCUGACUUCUUUGCCUCUGUUGACAAUCGAACUUUGGUCUCUCAUGGUCUUCAUAUCAGCUUCAUCGACCCCUAGGCCACAUUCUUGUGUUUGGGUUGCAAGACGACCGCCAGGUUAUGCAUUCAUUGAGUUCGACGAUCGUAGGGAUGCUCUAGAUGCUAUUCACGAGCUAGAUGGGAAAAAUGGUUGGCGUGUGGAGCUCUCACACAAUUCGAGCGGUCGUGGUGGAGGCCGUGGUGGUCGUGGAGGUGAUGAUACGAAAUGUUAUGAGUGUGGUGAGCCAGGUCAUUUUGCUCGAGAGUGCCGCUUGCGCAUUGGUUCACGAGGACUUGGAAGUGGGCGACGUCGAAGUCCUAGUCCUCGAUAUCGUAGAAGUCCCAGUUAUGGGAGAAGGAGUUAUAGCCCUCUUGGAAAAUCUCCUCGAGGUCGCAGCCUAUCUCCUCGUCGUGGACGCAGCUACAGCAGGUCACCCCCCAAUCGCCGCGGCCGCUAUGUGUCACCUUAUGCCAAUGGUUUAUCACCUCGUCGUGGCCGUGGCAGCUAUAGCAGAUCCCCAGCAUAUCGCCGUCAUCGUGAUUCUCCUUAUGCAAAAGGAGCUUGAUGCUGGUCUGAGCAGGAAAUACAACUGAGGCUCUUCGUUUGUAGUCUGAUAGGCUUGUCAAAAGAGUAGCAUUAUGUAGUUUGUUUCUGUGAUAAAUGGUGUGUUCGAACUGGAUUAUGGGAGGCUUCUGCUCUCUAUAGCCACCUCCAGACUUCAUUCUUGUGACGGCUUCCUUAGUUCAGCAAACUUUGGAGGUUUCCUUCUUUGAGGUAUGAUUUCCAGCUGAGACUGCAUCAUUUUGCCACAUGCUUCUUUUGUUGACAUUGUUUAGCACCAGUGCUUCUCUACAUUAAAUCAUCAUCUUCGAGUUUUUCCUACCGAAAACUGCAAAAUGGCCAAGCGGCUCCUUCUGCAACAAAGCUUUUUUAGGUAGGUAAAGUUUUUUGCUUUUCUGUGCGCCGGGGGACAAUGAUAGCUGUCUGCUGCCUUCAAUCUUCAUUUGCCAGCUCAAACUGCUCCAAAGUCAACAAAGUUUCUCUCUCUCAUCUGCUUCUCUUCCCACUGGUAGACUACAAAAGGUUGCUGCACUUCAAUUUUCGUUUUCCAGCUUGGACCGUAUUCUUCUUCGUUAAUCAGAUAGUGUGGCAGCACAUUUCUUCUGGAGGAAAUUUGUUACCUUCAUUAAUGGGACUUCCAUGUGGUGGCUCGGAGAAGGAAAGUUACCUUUGUUUCCAUGUUCUGCAUUUUAUGCCUCCUGACUUUGUAGUCGAGAAAUGUAGUCGCAGGGCAUGUACAUACCUCUUUGAUAUGUCAUGUUAUUAACUUGGCCUUGAUAUGUAGUUGGACCUUUAAUACCGCGUUAUAAAUUCAAUGUUGCAUGUGCAAAUGUCAAGGUUGUAACA